UUCUGUUGUGUGGUGGGAGAAGGGACUGAAGUUUUGAAUAUCAGAAGAGAGAUGGUAGGUUCAAGGCCACCCAGAUGUGUCAACAGGUGCCUGAGUUGCAGGCCAUGCAUGGCCACCCUGGUGAUUCACUCUCCUGCAGUAGGAGGCGGAGGAGCAGAAGAUGAUGGGGCUUCAAGCCAUGAGCGAAGUGAUGGCUACUACCUCCUCGCUUGGAAGUGCAAAUGCGGCAACAAGCUUUUUCAGCCUUGAUUAAGAUGAAAUCAAAACUCUUCGUAAUUUUCCUUUAUGUACUAAGUUGAAUGACAUCCAAUUCAUAUGGGUGUUCAUCAGUUUCACUUGUAUAGAAUCUAGCUAAAGAGCAUCUAAAAUGGUCAGGUUCUAUCUGCUCUUUCCUACA